CGGACUGCACUCCUGUCGGCCCAGUAUUAUACACUUCCGUGGGGAUUUGAUGUGUGAUCAUACAUUAUCAGAAAACCUUUCGUUAGUGGCGCAGUUGCGCCCCUGAUAUCAGCGAUGCCGGCUUCCUCCAUUCAAAUGCAACGGUUGAUGUCAAUAGUAGGCGCAACGUGUGUUGCCUUAGCAUGUGGAACCAAUUACGUAUAUUCGGCAUGGGCUCCUCAGUUUGCCGCGAGGUUGAAGUUGUCAUCUACCGACAGCAAUUUGAUUGGAGCUGCCGGAAAUUUGGGAAUGUAUGCCAGCGGAAUUCCGGUAGGCCUUCUCAUCGAUUCUAAGGGACCAAGACCAGGCAUGUUGCUGGGGAUUGUGGCUCUUGGGGCGGGCUAUUUUCCAAUGCACCGAGCAUAUGUUUCCGGCAAAGGGUCGUUCGGAGUUCCGGCACUGUGUUUCUUCAUGCUUCUCACAGGAGUAGGAAGCAGCUGUGGGUUUUCUGGGGCGAUCAAAACGGCUGCAUCCAACUUUCCGGACCAUCGCGGUACAUCAACAUCCUUCCCACUAGCUGCUUUUGGGUUGAGUGCCUUUUUCUUUUCAACCCUCUCGGCAUUCGCCUUCUCCGAUAACACGGGUCAAUUUCUAUUGUUAUUGGCUAUUUGCACGCCGGCUAUCCUGUUCGUGUGCUCCAUCUUUGUCCGACUCAUACCACAUUCUGCUCCAUAUACUCCUCUCCCUUCGGACACAAAUCUACACCCUAGUUCAAGCCAGCUGCACAUUCCAGGCUCGCGAGGCAGUCGUUGUAGAGACUCUACAGAAAUAGGUAUGCCACAUGAAACCUCAAAUUCCACAACCCUUGAAGACGCUGCAUCAGGAUCUGCGGGCUGUUCGAAACCUGUUGCACCCAAGUUAGAUCAGCCUGAAACGUCCUCCUUAAUUGGUCGACAUCUUUCCCCAAGAACCUCCGAGGACUCGUUUCGCGAUGAAGACGCCUCCGUCAGUCCUGGCCGUGACUCACUAUAUGCAGAUGUUCGUGGCUGGUCGAUGAUUCCCACUGUGGAGUUUUGGCAGCUGUUUGUACUUCUAGGGUUGUUUACGGGUAUUGGAUUGAUGACAAUAAAGACGGGAAUUGAAGCUAAUGUAACAAAGCAAUAUUGGGAACAACGUAAGGCACCCUUCUCGCCGCCAAAUUUGAAGGCGAAAGCGCUGUGGAAGCACUAUGACGAUAGUGCGGAUUCCGAAUUCAUCCAAAAACAACAGAUGAUGCAUUGGCUCCGAUAUCCUAGUAAAAAACCUCCAUAUGUCGCGAUUCUGCUUGCCGGGUUCAUGAUUUCGGAUCCACACCUGCUCGUUGCCCUCUCGGGACUGACUGGACUCGCCUACGGCUUCCUGUUUGGCGUCUUCCCUUCCCUUGUCACCCAUACCUUCGGUGUUGGUGGCAUAUCUCAAAACUGGGGGGUGAUGUGUAUGUCCCCAGUAAUAUGGGGAAAUAUAUUCAACCUCCUGUACGGCCGCAUAUACGACUCCCAUUCCGUAGAGUCGCCAAAUGGGGAACUCGAUUGUAGUGAGGGAUUGAAAUGCUAUCGCACCUCCUACAUAAUUACAUUCUACGCUGGGAUUGCGGGGAUCGCAAUAACACUAUGGACUAUUUGGCAUGAAAAAAAGGUUUUUAAUCGCUUGCACAGGAAAGGAUUCCGUGACUGA